AACUUCAUUAGUGUGAAAUCAUGUUGGGAACAAGCCUCCAAAGUCCAAACCGUGAGCAUGAAGACGACAAUUAGCCAUUUAGCACUAUUUAAGUUAUUUAUGUCCUAAUUUUGGUUUCGUACUUCUAAGCGAGAAACGAGGGCACAGUGCCGCUAUUUCUGAGUGUCACUUCUUCUUCUUCCGCUUCCAUGUCUCUGAUUCCCAAAACUGAGAAAGACGACGACGUUCCCGUCGUCGACCUUGAUAGUACCGAAAACUCCGCCGUCGCUGCUGUUGAAGUGAACGACGCGGCGGCUCCACCGGUGGCGGCGGCGCCGAUACAAGUUGAGCCUCCGCUGCCGAAGAAUACCCCUGCCUCAAAUUCAGCUCCUGUUUAUUCCCGAAGCUUCUGGAAAGCCGGUGAUUACGUUGUUGGUCCCUCUGUAAAGCCAGCUUCUGAUCAAGGUUACUUGGAACAUGCACGGGUUCACCCCAAGUUUCUGCAUUCUAAUGCAACUUCUCAUAAGUGGGCUUUUGGAGCAAUUGCUGAGCUGGUGGAUAAUGCUGUUGAUGAGAUUCAAAAUGGUGCAACUUUUGUAAAGGUUGAUAAGAUUGAUAACAUGAAGGAUAAUUCACCAGUGUUAUGUUUCCAAGAUGAUGGUGGUGGAAUGGAUCCGAACUCAAUACGAAAAUGCAUGAGCUUGGGUUAUUCCUCAAAGAAGUCAAAGACAACAAUUGGACAAUAUGGUAAUGGGUUCAAGACUAGUACUAUGAGAUUGGGUGCUGAUGCAAUUGUUUUCAGUCGUGCAGUAAAUUCAAGCCGGGCAACACAAAGUGUGGGUUUACUAUCCUACACAUUUUUGCGUACAACUGGGCAAGAUGAUGUUAUUGUUCCAAUGAUAGAUUUUGACAUAUCUACCCAUUGGGCUGAGCCAAUUAUUUAUAGCUCACAGGACGAUUGGUCAGACAACUUGAAAACAAUUCUUGAUUGGUCACCCUUCUCAUCAAAGGAGGAGCUCAUGCUUCAGUUUGAUGAUAUAGGAUCACAUGGAACCAAGAUUUUAAUAUACAAUUUAUGGUUGAAUGAUGAAGGAAUAUAUGAGUUGAGUUUUGAUGAUGAUGCUGAGGAUAUCAUGCUGAGAGAUGAGACCAACCAUGGAGAUGAGAAAAAGUUGAGCAAGAAAACUGUUCAGCUUCAGUCACAUAUUUCUUACCGCAUACGUCAUUCUUUAAGGGCAUAUGUGUCAAUGUUGUACCUCAGAAAAUUUUCUAACUUUAAAAUCAUUCUAAGGGGAAAACUUGUGGACCAGUUUAACAUUGCAGACGAAUUAAUACACUCAGAAGUAAUUAGAUACAGGCCCCAGCAAGCUGUGGCAUCAAAUGAGGCUAUGGUGGAUACAACCAUCGGAUUUAUAAAGGAGGCUCCUAAUCUUAAUGUUGCUGGAUUUAAUGUAUACCACAAAAAUCGCCUAAUCAAGCCCUUUUGGAAAGUUAAUCCUGAUGGUUCAUCAAGAGGGAGUGGUGUUGUCGGAGUUCUUGAGGCCAACUUUAUAGAACCUGCACAUGACAAGCAAGACUUCGAGAGAUCAUUGCUUUUUGUAAGGUUGGAAACCAAGCUGAAACAGAUGGUGAAUGAUUACUGGAAAGGUCACUGUCACUUAGUUGGAUAUCAGCCUCUUAAUUUCAAAUCACAAAAUGUGCAAAAAGAAACGCAGAUUCGACAAUCAGCUGGGCGCUCCACUAAUACACAGAAUGUGCAUCAAGAUGAUCUGUACAUAGAUCAGACAAUUGCGGGUGCUACAUCGACAGGAACUCCAGGGCCUGUAGCUGUUGAUAAAAAUAAAAUCUGUGAAGAAAACAUACAACUUUUCAUGAAGUGUGAGGAGUUCAGGAAAAAGGAAACGGAGUUGAAACAGACGGUUGAGAACUUGGAGGAGGAUUUGAAAGAUCUUCAAAGGAAAUGUAGGCAACUUUCUGCAUUCUUGGUGGCUAAGAAGAAGCAGAAGAGUAGUUCUUAAAGUAAAAAUAAUUACCUCAUACAAGCAUCAAGUUAAUGAACUGCAAGCUGAUUAUGCUUUCAUGUAAUGUACGAAUCCUCUUCCAAAAACCUGGCUGUUUGUUAUUUCUUUUAUUUUGCUCCAAAGUUAGCUAGUUCUGAAGAACAGUUUGCUUUGGUCAAAGCAGCGAUUGGACUUUGUUAACAUACUAAAUUUAUUCUGGUAUGGGUUUAGAAUUCCUAUUACCUAAA